CCUACUGCAGACUGCCCCGCGAAGACCCACGGGCAAGGCCUCCCCGCAACACGCUUCAUCAAGUUAUCAACCUCCAAGUUGACCCAGCAAUCGCAUCGCUUGGACCAUAUAUACCGACCACCCUCAUUUGUUCCUGCCGACACCACCAAAUAACUUCUAGUGCUUACCUAUAUACGUAGAUUUACAUUCACACCUGCAUCCACCAUUCACACAGCAAUGAUGGACCACGAGCAAUUCGGCGGCCGCACCGACGACGAUCUCUUCUCUGACGACAUCGAGCCCGUGGAGGAAGUCAUCACCCUCUCGGUACCAGACCAAGCGCCCAGUCAUGGCGUAUCUCCGGAACCAGAAGCGGCACCGGCCGCGCCACAGCCUGCCCCGACCACAGCACACCAGCCGCCCAAAUCCCUAGCCCAAUCCCGACACGCCCCGAGCCCACGGCCGGACAAAGCACCUCGCCCGCCCCGAAACAACAACAAGAAGUCGAAGCCCUCCUCGGACCACCCACCAAGCGAGCCGGCCUCAGCAUCGGAAUCGCGCGCCGGCGACCCCAGCGACGCAGCAACCAAGAAGCCGCCGCCCAACGCCCCGCGCGAGCCGUCGUCGACGCGCAACGCCACUGCCACCACCGCCGCCACCACCGCCACCACCGCGCGGCUCAACUCGGGCGCCAACCCGCGGACGAAGCUAACCGAGGAGGAGCUCGCGGCGCGGAUGGAGAAGAUGCGCCUGCUGGCGGCCGAGAAGACGCGGCGCUUCGAGGAGGCGCAACGCGACGAGAGCGAGCACGCGGCCGCGCUCGCCAAGGGACUGGAAGAGGCGCGCCGACGCAAGGCCCAGGAGGCCGAGCGGCGCAAGGCGGCCGAGGAGGAGAGGCGCAAGCUGGAGGAGGAGCGGGCCCGGAACCGGGAGCGCAAGCUCAAGGCCAUGGGCGCCAAGGAGGGCGGGUGGGAUAUUGGGAAGGAAGGCCCACAGGACGACGAUGGCGGGAGGGGGGCCUUCAGAGGGGCGCAUGGCGGGGUUAGAGGGACGAGGGCCUCGCGUGGGGGGUUGGGCGGCAGUCGGUUUGCCGUACCAGGGGAAGGCGUCGAGCUGGAUGAUGGCGGCCUGCCGGGCGGCGGGAGAGGUAAUGGCCGGGGGCGCGGCGGGAGAGGGAGAGGGGGCCGCGGCGGCAGUCGUCCGCUAUUCGACGCGCACGGCGACGGCGACGGUGACGGCGACCGAGCGCGUGCUUCGCGGAGCCGCGGCCGGGGCCAGGAUGCCGGUCCCGCGCCGGCGCCGGUGCCGCAAAAGAAGGCGGACCUCAGGCCCGAGGACUUCCCCGCUCUGCCCUCGUCGACCGCCGCACCGAGGGAAGCCAAGGCCACGUGGGCUGCGAAGCCGCCCGCCAUUGCCGACUUCCCCCUCGCCUCCCCGGUGGGCAAGUGGGAUGAAGAGGUGGCGGCGAUGGAUGCCAGCCAGUCGACGUCAUAGGCUGACGCGACUGUGUUGGCGGGGUGGCUGCCGAGGCGGCGGGGGAUUUAGAUUGUUGUAAUAUACGGGUCAUAUAGGGACCACCUUUUCGAGGGAUACUAGCUUGAGUGAAGCUGUACCCUCCAAUCUAUCGUUCCCUUGCUACUGCGGACACUGCUUGUUGUUCUCUCAACAGGAACACCAUACUUUUUGGACGCGCCAUGUUUAAUGAAUAUAAGAAUCAGGCAAGUAUUGCAUCCAGAGGCGUAUUGGUGGAACCGGCUUAUUAUAGCAUAUGGCAUCAACCCGGGUGGCAGAGCGGGUAAAGUUGAGUACACACGCUCUAUAUCCAAAUAACGCAGCAAUCCGAACCGAGAUAUCCCACCGUUGACCUCUUCACGCACAUGAACGCCAGACGCCAUACCAAUGCAAAGCCCACAGUGGAGGUUUGGUGACUACCACCCACGCCUCCCGCCCCUCGAUCCACGGUAACCCCCACCACUCCUCGGGCC